UCAUCGUUCAGUGAGGUUACUGUGCUCUGCUUCAGGUGCUCGUCCACAAGUAUGGAGUCCUGUUUUCUGGUCAUCUCUUUCCUUUUUGCUUUUGGUCUUUCCAGUGGAGAAAGGACGCUGAAGUUUGUCACUGUGCUUUAUCGUCAUGGUGACAGAUCUCCAGUCAGGCCAUAUCCAGCUGAUCCCUAUAAGGAGAGUGACUGGCCCCAGGGUUUUGGACAGCUCUCUCGGGAGGGAAUGAAGCAACACUUUGAACUGGGUCAGUUUUUAAAGAAACACUACACGAGAUUCCUGAGUGAGAGCUAUAACCGGCAUGAGAUACUUAUCAGAAGUACAGACGCCGAUCGGACUCUAAUGAGUGCAGAAGCAAACCUGGCUGGCAUGUUCCCACCUAAUGGUUCUGAGGUGUUUAAUCCAGAUUUGAAAUGGCAACCAAUACCUGUUCACACUGUCCCAGAGGACCAAGAUAAGCUGCUCUCAUUCCCUCUGAAAGACUGUCCACGUUACACACAGUUAAUGAAUGAGACUGAAAAAACUAACAUUUUUCUUAACAUGACUGAAACCUACAAGGGCUUUUUGGAGAUGGUGAGAAAUAAAACAGGACUGAAGAAACCCAACAUUGGAAACAUUUGGAGUUUGUAUGACACAUUGUUCUGUGAGGCAAAGCAUGGGAUGCGACCACCUGAUUGGGUUACUCCAAGUGUGAUGGAGACGCUAAAGGUCUUAAACAACUUUGGUUAUCAGAUUUUGUUUGGAGUCUACAAGAGAAAAGAGAAGUGCAGACUUCAGGGAGGCCUGCUGUUAGAUCAGAUUAUUAAGAAUCUGUCAAAUGCUGCAGCACCGGACUCUAAACAGGAAGUGAAGAUGAUGGUAUACUCAGCUCAUGACACAACAGUUGUAGCCCUGCAGGAAGCUCUGAAUGUCUUUAAUGGCCUGCAGCCACCUUAUGCCUCGUGUCAUUUAAUUGAACUUCACCAGGAAGAGAACGGGAUGUUUACAGUGGAGAUGUUUUAUCGCAAUGACACUAAUGUGUCUGAACCGUACCCUGUGUCUUUACCGGGCUGUUCCCAGCGCUGCUCCCUACAGGACUUUGUGAACCUCACACGUGAAGUCAUACCACAAGACAGGGAUAAAGAGUGUCAGAUAAGGAAGGAAGCCACAGACAAAGGUGCCAAGUUACCAUCUGAAUGCUGUUCUCAUACUUUAAGGAGAAAUAUCCCCAUUACUACAAUUGACUCCUACAUAGAGACAAGUGUGGAAUGCCCCAAACCCGGAGUCAUUUUUGUCAUCAAGGCGGGUUAUCGUAUCUGCGUGGAUCCUCAGCUGAGCUGGGUGAGGAGAGCCAUGAAAGCAGUCGAUGAGCGUGAUCUAUACAAAAAAAAUGAACAACGCGGUCAUUUGUUGUUUUAACCCAACAAGUUGGGUUAUUUGUUUGACCCAGUAUGCUGGGUUGCUUUUAUGAUUUAAAAUUACUAUACUGCUGAACCCAAAUUGAGAUAGAAAUUAAACCUACA